CCCUAGUCUUCAGGAAAGAUGUGCUGACAUGCCAUCAUUUGGAUUUAAACCCAGAAAUACAGAAGGAACUGCUGUAUUUGUGACAGCUAAGUGAAAGCUUUUUGGAAGGAGAUAAAAGCUGUUUUUUUUUCUAAACGCAGGAUAUUAUACUGCGGUCUGUGCAUUCACCAUGACUGAAGAAAAUACCGAGAUGACAUCCACUGAGUUUGAUUAUUCGCUGCUGGUAGCUCCAUGUGAUAAAGUGGAUAUUCAUAUCACGAUGAAAGUCUUUCUGUGUGUUCUAUAUAUUGUGUUGUUCACCAUUGGACUAAUUGGAAAUUUCUUGGUGGUUUUGACCAUUUUGAAAGCAGGGGGCCAAAGGAGCAUCACUGACAUAUUUCUGUUGAACCUGGCCAUCUCCGAUCUUCUAUUUGUGUUAUCCCUUCCUUUCUGGGCCUUUUACUUCAUACAUGAAUGGACACUCGGAAACCUUUUAUGCCAAAUAGUUUCCUCUUUGUAUUCUGUGGCAUUGUUUGGAGGCAUGUUCUUCAUUACUGUCAUAAGCAUUGAUAGAUACCUGGCUAUUGUCCACGCAACGUACGCUAUGAAAGCCAGGACUAUCCACCGUGGAUACAUCACUAGCGCCGCAAUAUGGACCCUUGCAGUCUUAUUUGCAGCCCCUCACUUCGUGUUCGUGCAAGAGUCAGAGAAACGAUGCACUUCUCUGUAUCCUUCACAUCUUGAGACAUUAUGGCCAGUUUUCAGCUACAUGGAAAUGAACAUCAUUGGGUUUGUUCUCCCAGUGUGUAUCAUGAGCUUCUGCUAUCUGGGCAUCAUCAAAACCUUGUUCUCCUGCAAAAACACCAGGAAAAAAAGAGCCGUGAAGCUGAUUUUAACAGUGGUGAUUGUGUUUUUGCUGUUCUGGGCGCCAUACCAUGUAUCACUUUUCCUGCAGGUGUUAAGGAUCUAUGAUUACUUUGAGACCUGUGCCUCCUUACGUCUGUUAGACUACAUUGUGCAAGUAACUGAAACAAUAGCUUUCAGCCAUUGCUGUCUGAAUCCAAUAAUCUACACUUUUGCUAGUGAAAAAUUAAGGAAGUUCCUUUGUCAUUUGGUUCUGAAAUGCUUCUCAUUCGUUGGUUUCUGUGGGCCAUGUAAUAAGUAUCGUGGUACAGUGCCCACUCCUGUUCCAGAAACUGCCUUGACCAGCAACCAUACCCAGAACACCAGCGACCAAGAUACCUUUGUGUUAGUCUGAGUGUUUAAUAGUGGAUUGUAUAGCAUGAUAUGUAAUAUACUGAGUAGCUAUAGUUUUGUAUAAAUAAGUCAAAGUUUGUUCUAACUAUCCAUGGAAAAAGAAGCAAUGAUUGCCCAGAACAUGUUUGCAAGCAUAUUUCAAUUAUUAUCUUUCAAACUUGAGGCACUGGAACAUUUUUGUAAGUUGAUAACAGAGUUAAUAUUAAUACCUAA